AUGACUAUUCAAUCAUACUUAGAUAUUGCUGAGAAAAAGAGAUGUCUCAGGGACACGAAAUUCAAAAAAGAAUGGCUAAUUCCGGAAGAUGAGCUUCCGGGAUCGGAUGUUAAAGAUGUUUUAUCGUGGCCAAUAGAAUGUGGCUUCUUGAGUUCACGUGAAAUUGAAAUAACAGAAAGUGACUUACCUAGCAUCGCAAAGCAAAUUCAAUCAAAAACAUGGUCAGCUUUUGAGGUCACGUCAGCAUACUGUCAUCGAGCUUCCAUCGCGCAUCAGCUUGUGAACUGUUUGAGUGAGGUUUUCUUCGAGGAAGGUCUAGCAAGAGCAAAGGAGUUGGACGAUAUAUAUGAAAAAACGGGGAAGCUUGUGGGUCCGUUACAUGGUUUACCAAUCUCUCUGAAAGACAAUUUGAAUGUGAAGGGACAAGCAACUACGAUUGGUUUUGUUGGUUUUGCAUUCAAUCCAGAAGAAUUCAAUGAGGACAGUUGUCUUGUUUCUCUUUUAAGAAAUGCGGGAGCUGUUUUUUCCUUUAAAACUAAUGUGCCGGUUGCUAUGAUGAUGCCGGAAUCGACCAACUACAUUUUUGGGAAUACCUCUAAUCCCUUCAAUAGAAAUCUUACCAGUGGAGGGAGCUCCGGAGGUGAGUGUGCAUUGGGAGCACUAUUAGGUCGUUGUUAUUGCGGCAUAGGAUCUGAUAUCGGAGGUUCUCUGAGAAUCCCAGCCUCAAUGCAGAACCUUUUCACUUUGAGACCUUCAUCAGGUAGAUUCCCCACUCUAGGAAGCCGCUCGGGUCUUCCUGGUCUCGAAUCGGUUGCGAGUGUUAAUGGGCCUAUUUCGACUACCCUUACGAGUCUUGAAUUAUAUUGUAAAACUGUAGUAAAUGAAGGUAAACCCUGGCUUACGGACCCAAAAUGUCUUGAAUUGCCAUGGAGAGAAGUCGAGCUCCCUGAAAAGCUGAUAUUCGCCGUGUUGAAAGAUGAUGGUGUUGUGAAGCCUUAUCCCGCGAUUUCUCGAGCAGUUGAUAUGACCGUGAAAAGUUUGAAAGAAGCUGGUCAUGAGGUUAUUGAAUGGAACCCGUUGCAUCACAAGAGGCUCACUGAUAUCGUUGGAGAAUUCUUCUUGAGUGAUGGAGGAAAACACUGCAAAGAGUAUGCAAAUUUAACAGGGGAACCUUUUUUUCCAUAUAUGAAGAUGUACAAUACUGCUAAAGAAAUGAGUGUGUCAGCACUAUGGGACCUUCACAGUGAACGUACGAAACUCUGCAAAGAGUAUUUGGAGCAAUGGAACUCCACAGCUUCGAAAACGGCUUGUAACCGUCCUAUUGAUGCGAUUGUUAUGCCAGUUUCUCCGUACUCGGGCGUUGGCAUUGGCAAAUUUACAUAUAUUGGCUAUACUGCCGUUUUUAAUGCGCUAGAUUGGGCAGCCGGUACAAUUCCUGUGACUAGAGCGGAUAAGUCUUGCGAUGUGAAGGACACUUUGUACAAGCCACGCAAUGAUGCAGACAAGCUCACAUACGAUCUGUUUGACGCAGAAGAAGUCGAUGGUGGCGCUGCAGCUGUGCAGAUUGUCUGCAAGAAGCUGCAGGAAGAGAAGCUUGUUUCUAUCAUGAAAGUCGUGUCAAAAACUUUAGGUACGGAGAGUUACUGGGAUCGCAAAUUAUAA